GACGUCAAAAUGACGUAUACGCAAACGCGAUGCACACUUGUCGACUGAUCCAGAUCUGUGGUCGAAUCGAGUUAGCGGGAAAAGCGUCUGCUUUGUUCUUCACUGUCAUACUGACCGUGUAUCUUGAGUGGUUGUGUUUUCGCUAUCGAGCAAAAUGUCUCAGGUGUAUGAAAACAUCUUUCGUGACGCUCUGAAAGGUUUCAGAGUUUCGGAGGAUGGCCUGAAUUCAGGCUAUUGUAAUUCGUUGGAGGAGGUGGAAACACUUCUCAAUCAGCUGAAAACUGUGGGGUUUUCAUACUGCGUGAGAAGUAGUCGUUUUAAAGAGCCUUCUUCAGGUGUUAUGAAAAGUAAAACAAAGCAUUUCUUCAAGCAAAUGCAGGGACAUGUCCCUAUCCCCUUUUUUGGUUGUGCAUUUGCAGUGGAGAGUGUGUGGUCGAGGCACUGUGUUUUGGGGCCAAAAUACUAUAGAAGUUCUUGA